AAUUUCCUGUUUAGCCUUCAGAGACACAAUAAUGAGAAAUCUCUUUUUCCACUCGUGACUCACCCUGAGCCUCAUGGGGCAGGCUGCUUAGUUCACUGUCACUGUUGUCCUAGAUUUCUGACACUGACUUUCAUCUUUUGGUGCUCAGUUCCCACAGACCUCCUGUGAGCCCCUCACCUCACUGCAUGAGGCCCGGCUUUCUGGCAGGAGAGGGAGCUUGUCACUGGCCUCUUCUCCAGUCAGUUGACAGAACACGGCAAAUGUGACAUGUGGAGUAACUAAGGGACAGUUCUGAUGCAGCGAACCAAGCUGGAAUGUGGAUACCUCUAAACAACUCGGAUAAUCCAAGCCUGUGGAAUUCCCUGGAGGACUACCUCAAAGUUCUUUCCUUGUUGUCUGUGGAGAGUCAGCCAACCGCUCGUAUUUGUACUUCCUUGUCGAUAUAAUUAAACCUUCAGCCACCCGAGACCUGAUGAUGGACUAUGGAUUUCAAGUGGUGCAAUUUGUGCUCUGUGGAUCCUUGGAUAGCAACAUAUGGAUUUAUCCCAGAUGUCACAGAUUAUUGAAAGGACUCUCACUGAGAAGGAAGAACAGUCAUAGUAGAAAUUAAGAGUAUAAAAUAACUAGCAUUUCCUGAGAGCUCUGCGUGCCAGAGCACAGAACAUGAGUUCAUUGCUCAAGGAGGAAAAACAGAUCACAAAUUAAAACCACAAAAUGAGCUCCAAUGUUCCAAACCCCACCCAUGGCUGCAUCAGAAUGUGUACCUUUUGGUGAGCAGCUGCAUGGCACAGGCCCUGGCAUCAUUCAGCUCACAAGAUGAGUAAUGAAAGAGUCACCUAUGCAGACCUGAAUGUGUCGAAGGAUUCAAGGAACCAGAAAAGGCAACCAACGGGCACCCGCAGCUCCAUCUCAGUAACUGAGCAGGAAAUCACCUAUGUGGAAUUCAGCUUUCAAAAUACUUCUCCAGAGCAUUCCUCGGUCUGCAGGGACUGCUGCUGCAAAGGUUUUUCAUCUCCUCCGGAAAAACUCAUCACUGUGGUCCUGGGCAUCGUUGGCUUUGCCUUAAUGGUCGCUGUGGUUUUAAUUACUACAGUUGCCAAAACUUAUACUGAACCAAAGGAGCAGAUCCAACCCUCCCUGAACACAAGUCCAAAAGAUAAUAAUCCUUCUCCAGCACAGCCUUGUAGUUUUUGUCCAAAGGAGUGGAUGUCGUAUUCCCACAGUUGUUAUUACAUUAGUGGGGAGAAAAAAAAUUGGACUGACAGUUUGGUGUCCUGCAAAGCCAAAAACUCUAGUCUGCUUUACAUAGAGAGCAAAGAGGAGCAGGAAUUUCUGAUAUCCCUCUCUCCGUUCGCAUGGACUAGCAUCUUUUGGGAGAGCAAGGAUCACCACUGGGUUUGGAAAAAUGACUCAACUGUAAAACCAAAGAUAAGAGAAGUUUCCCAUGUUGAACAAAACUGUGUCGUGUUGUCAUCCUCUGGCAUCACAGCAGAAAAGUGUACAAAUUUAUAUACAUAUCUUUGUAAGCAUAAGCUCACCAACUAAAACACCUGGACUUGCAGUCUGUCAGGUAAUGUUGCAUUUUAUAACCUGAAAAUAGGAUUAAAAUUGUGUACAUAUUAAAGUGAAUAAUGUUAUUUGUUCUAAUAAUGAUUUUUUAUUAUUUUUUAUUUGUUUGUUUAUAAAAAUUUCCACUUCCUCCCCUCCUCCCCAUACCCUCCCAUUCCCCCCACUCCUUCUCCUCCUCCCUCUCCAGUCCAAAUAAUGAUUUUUUUCAAAAAUAAUCAUUGAAGAAUAUUAGACACACUAAAGUACAAAUAUUAUUUAUGUAUCUCAACCUUUUUGCUCAAGGUACACUUAUAAUGUUAAAUUUUAUGACAAAUAACAUAUAUCCAAGAACAGUUCAUGUAGAAGUCCUAUUACAUUUCAAAUUUACCAUCCAAUGUGUUGUUGUCGUAAGACAUUCUAGAAUUACUCGGCUGGAAGCUGAAGGUUAUAAACUGAGUUUCCUUAGUAAAACUAGGUUUUUCAUUUAUAAACCACAUUUCCAUAUAUGUACAUAUACUUGCUCUUCCCCACUCAACAUCUCUCCGCUGCACUAUCCACUCCUCUUCUGUUUCAGCUCAGAAAAGGCUGGUCUACCUGGGAUAUCAACAAAUAUGGUAUUUCAAGUUAAAAUAAGACUGUCACCUUCCCUCAUAUUAAGGAUAAAUGAGGCAAUUGGUAGGAGAAAAGGGUCCCAAAACAUAAGCAAAAGUGUCAGAAGCAGACACCACCCCAUCUGUUAGGAAUUUCAUAAGAAGACCAAUCUACAUAACUGUAACAUACAUGCAGAGAAACUAGAUCAGUCUCAAGUAGUCUCCCUGAUGGUCAGUUCUUUCUCAUUGAGCCCCUUUAGGUCCAUGUUAGUAGCUUCUGUGGGUUUUCUUGUGAUGUCCGGAACCCUUCUGGCUUCUAGAAUCCUUCUUCCACUUUCUCCAUAAGGAUUUGUCAAGUUUCAACUAGUGGCUCUCUGAUGGUGAUUAUGUCAAGUUCUUAUCUAUGAGUAUAGCAGAAAAUCAUUAAGAAUAAUCUCAUUAACAUUUUACCAGUCAUGUUUGAUUCUAUUUUAGCUAUCCUAUUUGUUGUUGUUGUUCCAUUUGAAGUUGAAUAUUGAUCUUUUAAGGUCUGUGGAAUUGGAAUUGUGAUCAAGAUUGCAUAGAAUCUGUAGCUUGCUUUUGUUAAAAUGUUCAUUUUUACUAUGAUACUUCUAUUGAUACAAGAACAUAGGAAGCAUUUCUAUCUUCUGAUAUCUUCAUCAAAGACUUGAAGUUCUUGUCACACAUGUCUUUCAAUUGCUUGAUUAGAUUUAUCCCAAGGUAUUUUAUAUUAUUUGAACCUAUUGUGUUGGGUAUUAAUUCCUUGAAAUUUUUUGAAGCCCAUGUGUAAUUUAUAUCUAAAAGAACUACUGACUUUUUAAAGUUAAUCUCAUAUCCAGCCACUUUGCUGAGGGUGAUUAUCAGAUGUAGGUGUGCCCUGCUAGAAUAUUUGGAGUCACUUUUGUAUAUAAUCAUAUCAUGUGCAAAUUAUAUUACUUUGACUUCUUCCUUUUCAAUUUGUGUUCCUUUGAUCUUCUUCACUUGUAUUUUAUUUCAACUAGAAUAUCAAGUACUAUAUUGAAUAGAUAUGGAGACAGUUGCCAGCCUUGUCUCAAUCCUAAUUUUAAUGGAAUUGCUUUGAAUAUUUCUAUAUUAAAAUAGAUAUUGUCUACAAGCUUGCUGAAAAUUGCCUUUACUAUAAUUAAAAAUGGCCCCUGUAUCCCUGAUUUCUCCAAUACUUUUUCAUGAAGGAGUUUUGGACUCUGUCAAAGGCUUUUUCAGCAUCUAAUGAGAUGGAUGAUCAUGUGCGUUUUUUUCUUUCAGUUAUAGCAGAUUACAAUGAUGAAUUUUUGUAUGUUGAACAAUUCCUGCAUCUCUAGGAUGAAGCUUACUUGAUCCUGGUGGAUCUUUUUGAUGUGGUCUUGGAUUGAAUUUGCAAGUAUUUUAUUGAGUAUUAUGCAUCCAUAUUAGUGUUCAUGUAGAAAAUUGGUUUGUAAGUCUUGUAAGUCUCUUCUUUGUGAGUCUUUUUGUAAUUUGAGUACCAGUGUGAUUGUAGCCUCUUAAAAUAAAUUUGGCAAUCUUCCUGAAAUGAUUUCUUUAUAUAGUUUCAGUAUCAUAGGUCUGCAAAACUUGUAAGGAAAAAAAUUAAAUUCACGCAUAAAAUAUUUUCAACUUCGUAACACUUUUUUCAUGGACCUUUAAUCAUUGUCUUGAGUCUAUUUCUUCUUCCUUUUAUUUUUAAAUACUCUUUCACAUUUAAUUAUGUCAUGUGUUUGCAUGUGUGUGCGUACACACACACACACACACACUCACACACACACACACACUCACACACACACACACACACACACACAUAUGCCAUUGCCCAUGUACAGAAGUCAGAGGACAGUUUACAGGAGUUGGUUCUCUCUUUCUACAGUGUCGGAGUCAGGAUUUAAAUUCAGUUUAAAAAUUAUGGUGGCAAUCACAUUUACCCACUGAGCCCCCCUCAACCCUUUGUUCUGUUUUGAAGAUAGUGUUUAACUGUUUAGCACAGUCUGACAUCAAACUGUCAACAAGCAUUCUACCUCUUAAGAGCUGAGACUUAGAGCUGUGUGUUACCAACCUUGGCUUUCUGUCUCUUCAGUGGAAUCUACUUUGGUCCUUAUUGACCUUUUCUGUUGUAAUUUUUUUUCUUGAUCAUACUUUUGCAGCUUAUUGUUUUCCACUUUCUGUCUCAUUUGUUGAGAAUUGAAAGUUAUUUCUGAUUUCACUUUUUAUGAAUUCAUGUCAUAUUAAAGUCUUCCUUCUGUAAUUUUGCCUUUGAAGAAAUCAACCUUUCAUAAGAAAAAAUGUGCUAUUUUAUAAUUCUUAAUUAAGAAAAGCCAUUAAGUGCAUAACAGUUAACGAAAUAUUAUUUGUGUUUGCCAUAGCUCUUACAACUUAAAUUAAGCCAUUUCAAUUAUUUUAUAUUUUACCACAAGGCUUGUGGUUUGUUACCUCUAGCAUCUUGGGCAAAUUCAUGGAGUCUCUGACUCCACCUACUCUCUCUCUCUCUCUCUCUGAUAUAUAUAUAUAUAUAUAUAUGCUCAGAUUUCCCCUCUGUCUUUUCUCUGUUAAGCCAUUUGCCAAAAAUCUUUAUUCAUCAACCAAUAAAAGCAGAAUAUAUACAGAAAGACAUCCAACAUCAAAAAGAGGUGCUUUUUACUAGUUCGUUGUAAAUUUGACACAACCUGGGAAGAGGGAGUCUCAGUUGAGAAAUUGCAUUGAUCAGAUUAGGCAUGUGACUGCCACAAAGAGAGGUUAUCUGACUGAUGGCAGAUACGGGCAUGGCCAGCCCAGCCCAUUGUCUGUGGCACCACUUCUAGCUACAUAAUUGUAUAAGAACGCUAGAGAUGGAAGCAGCAAUAAACGAGCCUUCAUGCUCUCUGCUUCAGUUCCUGCCCUGGCUUCCUUCAGUGAUGAAUGUGACCUGGAAGUAUGCGUUGAAACAAAUCAUUUCCUUACUUUGUUGCUUUUAAUCCAUAUGUUUAAUCAUAAAAACCGAAAAACAAACCAGAGAACCAGGCUUUCUCACCUUUAGUUCACCAGUCUAUUAUGUGGUCCCAAGUAUGAAUUUAUGUUGAACGCAGACAUCUGUUGGAACAUUCUUAAUUUUAUUGUGAGGUAUAAUUCAAAUAUCUGAAGAUAUUUCUAUUAGAUUUUUGUAUACAGCUGUAAGACAAGGAGUGUUCACAACAUCUCAACCAGUUGGAUGCCCUAAGCUUCCCAUAUUAUAUAAGUUUACAAAACUGUCUAAAGCACAUUUACCUAGAUUAAAAUUUCUGAGACCUUCUGCUGCAGAGCUGAGUUUACUAUGACCUGAAUCAGGCCAAAGAACCCAAGAAUGAGCAUAGGAAAAGAAGGACAGUUGCAUAUACAGUCCAGUUUUGCACAAGAAGUUGCUUGUCUAGAAUUGCACUCUCAAAGUGAUCCCCAGCACCUUGAUGAAAUUGACAAGAAUUUCCAUGGCUCAAAUAUAAUAUGUUCUCAUUUUUCUGUGUUAAUGUCUGAGGAUAAUAUUACUAAUAUGUUGCUUAAAUCCCUAGCAUUUUACAAAGCACUCAUGGAGUAACACAAUUAUUGAAAAUGCAAAUGUCCAUUCUAUAAAGAAAAUUAGAUCUGUGGAUGUGGCAUUUUCAUCCAUGUUUAUCUUUUCUAUUCUCCAUGCAUUUUACCUCCUGUGCAGCUGUCUCCCUCCAUAUUACUCGUUGUUCCCCCUACAGAUUUCCUGCUCCCUUCAGAUGAAUUUGUGUCUGGACUCCAAAGGAUCAUCUUCUCCUUCAUGGUAGAUAAACAAUUAUCAUCUGUGAGAAGGUUUUAUAUGAUUAUAAGGAAGUUUUCACUCUGAACAUUGGAAGUCUCUGUAUAUAGAUUUUCAUAUUUAU